CCUGCCUGUCAGUCAGCGUAUGAUGGAGAUGUGCACCUCCUCUAUAAGCUCCUCCACCAUGACUCCUCCCACCUGAACGUUCAUGACCGUCAAAACGGGGACACGCCUCUCAUCGCGGCCUGUCGCCACGGUAACCUGAGGGCGGUCCGGUACCUGCUGGACAACGGGGCCGACGUCCAGCUGACCAAUGAGAAACAGAGGACGUGUCUUCACUAUGUGUCCAAGAGGAGCUUCUCUCUGAUGGACUACCUCAUGAUCACACUCCUCAUGCCCAUCAUGCUGCUGGGGUACUUCCUCCUGCUACAGAAACAGAGGCAGAGCGUGUCUCUGAUGAAGGCGGUGCUGAGCAGCAACGUCAACGUCGAUGCUGUCGACUAUAAGGGAAACACAGCUCUUCACUACGUCUGUCAGAUGAAAAGUCACCGUCUGGUUCCUCUGCUGCUGAAAAGAAACGCUGACACAAACGUCCAAAAUAACGAUGGAGAAACACCGCUGGAUAUCGCCACCAGACUAAAGUUCAAGAAGAUCGUCCACAUGCUGAAGAAGACACAGUGAGAGACAGACAGACAGAAAGACAGGAGGACAGACAGACAGGAGGACAGACAGACAGGAGGACGGACAGACAGGAGGAUUGGAAGACAGCGAAAAUGUGCAGAAAGAUUUCAGAAUAUAAAUAAAUAAUUUAAGAAGAGAAACAGCAUUUAUGAUGGAGAACAAAUGCUUUUAUUUUGAAGGCUCCUGAAUGACAAAAAAUUGUUUUUAAGACAUCGCGCUCUGGUUGUUAAAAUGUU